AUGGAGUGCUGCAACCAGUCCAGUGUUCUGAUGUCGUCCGCUGAAUUCCCCCCGUCGUUGGAUUUGAUGUGUGAUGCCCAACCUAACGAACUAGGUGGCCCAGGUAAUGCUUUGAACAGUAUAUGUCCUUCCGAAGCAAACAUGGAUUCUGCACCGGCCGUAAGAGGAUCUCAACACUUUCAGAAUCGAACGAGUAAUCCAACCGAGGUAGCUGACAGCCUGCGCAUUUAUUACCAAAAUGUGAGAGGCCUACGAACGAAAAUCGACGACUUUUACGUUGCUACGCAAAAUGAAGACUAUGACGUGAUAGUGCUAACAGAAACAUGGCUUAAGGACGGUAUUACCUCUGUCCAGCUUUUCGGUAACGAAUACUCGGUGUUUCGGAGAGACCGUGAUCCAGAAGUGUCCGGAAAAGUUCGCGGAGGAGGUGUUCUGAUUGCCGUCAAAAAAGGAUUUCGCUCAUUCUCUAAUGUUUCCCGAAUUGAUGAAGACCUGGAGCACCUCUGGGUCAACAUUGACGUUGGUGAGCGUCAUGUCUGCGUAGGAGUUGUGUAUUUGCCACCCGAACAAUCUCGCAAUGCUGCUAUCAUUGAGCGCCUCAUCAGCUCCAUCUCGUCGAUAGCUUUCUCUCUCAAUGCGCAAGAUUUGCAUCUACUUUACGGGGAUUUCAAUUUGCCAGACCUGUGUUGGAAUCUCUCGUCAGGAGGCUAUGCCUACCCAGAGCCAACCGAUUCGACGUCUUCCAGCAUGCAUUUCCUUGACAGCAUGUCACUGCUCAACUUGAAACAGCUUUGUGUAACCAGGAAUUGUCUGAAUCGUACUCUCGAUUUGAUCUUUGUCAACGAUGAAGCUUUGCCAAUGUGUAACAUCGCUGACCCACAUGAAGCUAUAAUUCCUGUAGACCCACUGCACCCGCCGCUUCUAACUUCUUUAAGUUGCCCCGCUCUAAUCCAGUUCAUCGAUCAGGAGGAUGACAGACUGUUGGAUUUCGCGAAAGCUGAUUUUGUCUCUUUGAAUGAAGCUAUUCGACAAAUAGACUGGACACCGUUGAAUCAAGCUGCUGACGUUAAUGAUGCCGUUGAGUUCUUUACUGGUACUCUUCGGCAGUUGUUCCCGAGGUUCGUUCCUGCUCCGCGCCCACGACAGAACCCUAGGUGGGGUAAUAACCACCUCCGACAUCUUAAACGAAAACGUUCCAAGGCCUUAAGGAAUUUGUCGACGUAUAGAUGUGAUGCUAAUAAAAGAAGAUUCAACGUUGCUAGCCGUAAGUACAGAAUCUAUAGUCGCAAGCUGUACGCUCGUUAUGUGGUUCGUACACAGAGAGAUCUAAUGAAUCAACCCAAGCGCUUCUGGGCGUUUGUCAGCGAGAAGCGGAAAGAAUCCGGACUGCCGUCAACCAUGUUUCUGAGAAACGAAUCUGCGGAUAACCCAGUAACCAUCUGUAAUUUAUUCGCGAAGCACUUUUCAGGUGCUUUCGAUAAUGUAACGGCAACACCUCAUCAGAUCGAUGACGCGCUACAAGAUGUACCAACAGAUGCUUUCAGCAUUAACAUAAACAGCUUCAGUGAGGCGGAUGUCUUAGCUGGAAUUGCGAAACUUAAACCAACUGCAGUCCCUGGUCCGGAUGGUGUUCCGUCCAUUAUAGUCACAAAAUGUGCCAAUGCGCUUAGCGGCCCCCUUAUGACGAUAUUCAACAUGUCCAUCGCGCAAUCGAAGUUUCCGUCAGACUGGAAAAGGUCGAUAAUGUUUCCUGCAUUCAAAAAAGGAGAUAAACGGGACGUUGCCAACUAUCGAGGAGUUACGUCACUAUGCGCGGGUUCUAAAUUAUUCGAGAUUCUGGUAAACGACAUUCUCUUUUGUGCAGCAAAACCAUACAUCUCGAUAGAUCAGUAUGGUUUUUAUCUGUUUUUAUGCGGGACGAUCAACCACCACGAAUCUGCUACAAUUUACCUCAUUCUGCCUCAACUCUAUGGAACAAGGAGUCCAAGUUGA